GAAAAAAAUAUCUCUUUACAGGUAUUCCCUUACCCAAAGAAGACGAUAUUUCUGCCCCCUUGAUCUCCAGCUCACCAGUGAGGGAAGCCCGGGAGUAUGAGAAGCCCCCUCGCGAGGAGGAAGAUAAAAUAAGAGAAGAGCCCUUGACCAUCUCUGAACUGGCAUACAACCCGAGUGCCAGCCUGCUCCCCACUCCCGUUGACGAUGACGAGAUUGACAUGCUCUUUGACUGUCCAUCUAGGCUGGAGCUGGAAAGAGAAGACACAGAUUCGUUCGAGGAACUGGAAGCAGAUGAAAAUGCCUUUUUGAUGGCUGAAGAAGAGGAGCUGAAGGAGGCUCACCAAGCUUUGUCGUGGAGCUAUGACAUUCUGAGCAGCCAUAUUCGGGUGAACCCACUGGUCAAGAGUUUUUCCAGGCUCCUGGUGGUGGGCCUGGGGCUGCUGCUCUUUGUAUUCCCCCUGCUCCUCCUCCUUUUGGAGUCAGUCUACAUGCAGUAAACAGACCCAGCAGGACCUGCCCAUGGUGGGCCCAACCAGGACUCGGCUCUCCACAUUCCAGCCUCAGUCUGUGACGGGGUCGGUAAGUUUGGUGCGCCCAGCCCAGUGGGCUCAGCUGUCAUCACUUCAGAGAGGAAAAAAGAAGCCUCACAUGGGCCUCAGACCCCAGCUAUGUUCUCCAAUCUAUUAAUAAAGCUGAUUUUAAUCCUCUC